AUGUUCACGCAACCAGUUGCUGCACUAUUUGUUGAUUUACGCGUUGCUUCUUCUUGUUAUUCACCUUCUCCACCAUCAUCUGCUCACACCGGCUUCUUUUUCUUUUCAGAGUGUCCUACUCUCAUCCAUCCACGACUCGGCCACCACGCCCACUUUUGUGGAUCCACUGAGCACUUCCUGCCCCCACGCACAAUGGCAGCCAACUUCUACGCCACCUUCCCGACGCUCGGAUACACCGCAUAUCCCCAGUUCUUCGCCACUACCACCACGUCUACCACUACGAUCAGUCCGACACUCUCCACAUCGACGCCACCACCAACUGCAACCGUGGCGCCUAAUCACAGUUCUGAUGGCCGCCGGCCCCCACGUCGUGAACGUACGUCGUUCAGUCGUCUUCAAUUGGACCAGCUCGAAAAAGUGUUCUCCGAGACGCAGUAUCCAGAUGUAACCAAACGAGAAGCACUAGCAAAAUCGAUCAACUUACCAGACGGACGUGUUCAAGUAAUUACAGUCUGGUUCAAAAAUCGUCGAGCUAAGGAACGAAACAACAAAAAGCUGGACGGCCCACACGACAGUGUCUCAUCACGGUAUAGCCCCCGUAGGACCGACUUUUGGAAAUUGUUUUCUUGCAGUUCGUCCAACGGAGGCUCACCACACAGUGACGCAAAACCGGAAGUCAAACCGAUGGGCAUUCAUAUUCCGGGCACACCGGAAUUCGACGCACACACUGCUACUAAAUACGAGGCCAAUCAGCUGGUGCUGAACCAACUGCAGCAGCAACAACAGCAGUUGGCACAGGUUCCAAAGAGUGAAUUAGAGGAUAGUGUGAAAACCCCAGAAGUCAAAUAUGAUCCAGCUCAGGCACUUCUUCCACAGGCACAAGCAGCAGCUUGGACCUCCUACACUGCAGCUGCCCAAUACCCAUACCCAUACAACAACUACUUCCAACCAAACUUCUACUAUUCUCAAUACGGUAGCGAUUACACUCCAAACAACGCCGCAUAUUGCAGCGGAUCUCAACUUUAA